AGCCUGGCUCUGAUGCUCACUGCGUCUCCAAACGGGAUUAUCCUCCUGCAAUCAUCCCCAUAGCAACAACUACUGCUAAUUAACUCUCGCUUUUAAGGCUUUCCUCACCCGGACUUUGCACUUUUUAUUUCCGCAGCAUGGAUCACUGCGGGAUAUUUGGAGCGAAACAAUGAAGAUGUUCUUUCACUUGAUGCUGUUACCCAACUUGCCUUUUCACUGAGCAUCUCUGCCGCCAUGAAGCUGGCUGCGCACCAGAUGGCUGGCACGGCUAUGAGCGCGCUCACGACAGGUGUGCAGUACCUGGGCUCCAACGACGCCAGCUACGAUGACCUCUCCGCCGACUCCAGCCAAUCGAAGAACGGCUUCGUCCUUGGAACUAAGGAGGUGAUUUUCACCGCCAUUGCUCCGGUUUUUCCCACCAACAUCUCGGGAUUAGCGCUGGGUAAUGCCACCGCAGUGGAGAGCGUCGAAGCGCCGCAGUGUGCGGAGAACUUAGCGGACAACCUUGAGUGCUUCAUGAUCCUCACCCCUAGUCAGCAGCUUGCUAUCGUCAUCUUGGCGCUCACUUUGGGUACCUUCACCGUGUUGGAGAACUUCAUGGUUCUGUGUGUGAUCCUCCACUCCCAAACGCUUCGAUCUCGGCCUUCUUACCACUUCAUCGGCAGCCUGGCUGUGGCCGAUCUCAUUGGAAGCAUCAUUUUUGUCUACAGCUUCUUGGACUUCCAUGUUCUGCACAGGAAGGACAGCCCUAAUGUUUUCCUCUUUAAGCUGGCCGGAGUCAUCGCCUCCUUCACGGCCUCCGUCGGGAGUCUCUUCCUCACCGCCAUUGACCGCUACAUCUCCAUCCACAGGCCAAUGGCGUACAAGCGUAUCGUCACCAAGACGAAGGCCGUGAUCGCCUUCCUCAUGAUGUGGACCAUCUCCAUCGUCAUCUCGUUGCUGCCGUUGCUCGGCUGGAACUGCAAGCGGCUCGGCUCCGUCUGCUCGGACAUUUUCCCGCUGAUUGACCGGAGGUACCUCAUGUUCUGGAUUGGGAUAACGAGCGUCUUGGUGUUGUUCAUCAUCUAUGCCUACAUGUUCAUCCUCUGGAAGUCGCACCACCACGCCGUCCGCAUGCUCAGCCGGACCUCCCAGAGGAGCGUGAUCAUCUACACCGCAGAAGGCGCCAAAGUGCAAACGGUGAGGCCCGAGCAAGCCCGGAUGGACCUCCGCCUGGCCAAAACGUUGGUCAUGAUCCUGGUGGCCCUCAUCAUCUGCUGGGGCCCGCUACUUGCCAUCAUGGUUUACGACCUCUUCGGGAAGGUGGACGACUUCAUCAAGACCGUGUUCGCCUUCUGCAGCAUGCUGUGUCUGCUCAACUCCACUGUGAACCCCGUGAUCUACGCCAUGAGGAGCAAAGACCUGCGCAGGGCCUUCCGCAACAUCUGCCACAUGUGGCGCGGAGGCUCCCAGACCCUGGACAGCAGCGCCGAGAGCGACUGGACCAGCAGGAGCAUGAGAGCAGCCGCCGCCGCCGCCGCGGCAGCAGCUGGCAGGGCGGAGAAAAAACGCGGCCGUCGUGAGAAAACUGAAGCGAAAGUAUCUCAGGUUAGAGUUUCUGGAGGCACGGAGUCUUCUGCAGCACAGCCCGUCUGAAACCAACGACGCUUCUGCACAACUGUGACACUAAUAGUGUUGUUUAGUCUCUGACCUGUUAGCUUUGUUACUAUAAAAUGUGCCAAAAUGACAAGAAAAAAAGAAAUAGGAUUUUAUGGAUUUAAAAAAAAGAUGAUGGAUACUUUUAGACCUCGGUCAUAUGACUUAUAAAGACCAGAUUUUCAAUUUUAAUCGAUUUUUUUCCUUUCUAAAAGAUGGACGGACUACUAGGGCCAUGCUAAGAAAAAAAAGAAAAUGAAAAAGUUACAAAAACAAAUUCUGAAUAUUUAGAUAAUUAAGCUGAAAUACUAUUAUUUUUCACAUAAUACUAUGACUUUCUUCUCAUUAUUUUGACUAUUCUCGUAAUU